AUGGCGACUAUCGUCAAUAUCCCGAGGGAUCCCAAUACCCUCAGCAAUUACCACAAUUGGCGAUGCAACCACAUCACUGCCAAUUUUGAUAUUCUGUUUCAUGAAAAAAAGCUUGUGGGCAGCGUCACUCAGACGUUCCAGUCAGCCAUCGAUGGUGAGUCGCCGGAGAUCGUCUUGGACUCAAACCAUGUGGACAUCGGUAGCGUCACCCUGGAUGGCAGGCCUUUGGCUUGGGAGCUUCUUCCAUCCUCCGACCCAUACGGCAGGGCGUUGAAGAUCAAACUUGACCGGAGUGUGAAGAAGAAUGAGACGAUUGACAUCGAGAUUGCUCUUCAAACCACUGAGAAAUGCACUGCCCUUCAGUGGCUGACACCAGCGCAAACCUCUAAUAAAAGGCAUCCGUACAUGUUCUCUCAAUGUCAGGCGAUUCAUGCUCGGUCUAUUUUUCCAUGUCAAGAUACACCUGACGUCAAGUCCACCAUUGAUUUCAACAUCUCGUCACCAUUGCCCGUGAUUGCGAGUGGGCUGCCAGUCCGUGACUCACUGGGGACGCCACUACCCAACGACAGGACACUGUAUCGCUUUCAUCAGCGAGUGCCCAUUCCGAGUUAUCUUUUUGCUCUGGCCAGUGGUGAUAUUUCCGAGGCAGGAAUUGGACCCCGAAGUAUUGUUGCUAGCAGCCCCGACAAGCUCGGCGAAUGCCAAUGGGAGCUUGAGGCCGAUACGGAGAAGUUCAUCGAAGCAAUCGAGGGAAUUGUCUACCCAUACGCUUGGGGGAAGUACAAUGUCUUGAUCCUCCCACCCAGCUUCCCCUAUGGAGGAAUGGAGAACCCGGUGUUCACUUUCGCCACACCCAGUAUUAUUUCCAAGGACAGGGAGAACAUCGAUGUCAUUGCCCAUGAACUUGCGCACAGCUGGAGUGGUAAUCUUGUGACUAAUGCUUCAUGGGAGCAUUUCUGGCUCAACGAGGGUUGGACCACCUACUUGGAAAGGCGGAUCCUUGCUGUGGUUCAUGGCGAGUCAUAUCGCCACUUCUCCGCUAUCAUAGGCUGGAAAGCCCUCACAGAUUCUGUCGAGCAUUUUGGCCAUGACCAUGAAUUCACAAAACUAGUCACGGAUUUGAAAGGCAAAGACCCUGAUGAUGCAUUCUCUAGUAUUCCAUAUGAGAAGGGAUUCAACUUUCUUUUCUAUCUGGAGAAUCUGAUUGGAAAGCAUAAAUUUGACCAGUUCAUCCCUCAUUACUUUACAGUAUUCAAGGAGAAAUCCUUGGAUUCCUACCAAUUCAAAUCGACCAUGCUAGAAUUCUUCGAGUCUGACGCGGAAGCUUCUAAGCUCUUGAACGAGCUUGAUUGGGACAGAUGGUUCUACGCGCCGGGCUUGCCUCCUAAGCCGGAGUUUGAUACUUCGCUUGUUGACGUUGUCUACAGCCUUUCAAACAAGUGGAAGGUCCUUCCUGGCUCCUCUUUCAUACCACACCCUAAUGAUAUUGAUGACCUCACAGCCAAUCAGAUGGUUGUAUUCCUGGAGCAGGUGCUUCUCUUCGAGAGACCACUGACACCGGAGUUGUCGAGGCUCAUGGGCGAUGUCUAUGGACUUGCAAAGAGCGAAAACAUCGAAGUCGCCAAUCUCUAUUUCCAAGUUGGCUUGAAAGCUGGUGACAGCAGUGUUAUUGGACCAACAACCAAACUGCUUGGUAGGAUUGGUAGGAUGAAAUUCGUGAGACCUUUGUAUAGAAGCUUGCAGAAGAUCAAUCGCCUAGUCGCUGUUGAAACAUUCGAGCAGAAUAAGGCCUUCUAUCACCCUAUAUGCCGCGCUAUGGUCGAGAAGGACUUGUUUGGCAAGAAAGAUGCCUGA